CAAGGCAAAGAUGCCUGGUUUGCGAGCAAUGGAAGCUGUUUGGCUCUGGCGCUAGAUAAAGUUGUGCCUUGAACUUGGCAAAAACUUCCUCUUCUCAUUUGGUUUCUUAUUUCUUCCUGGGCUUGUUUUACAAGCUAACAGGACACCUACAGAUCCAAAUUUUGGACCAUCUCUAUUUUCCUUCUUGUUCAUUCGCUCUAUACUCAGCAAACUUAGCAAGUCCAGCCUUAUACAAAGGAACGAUUCCCAAUUGGGUAAAGCGGCCAUAGAGGAGGAGCAUGCCUUCCUAUUUUGGAUAUGGCCCUGGCCGCCCGGCUCUUCGAGAGCUCUCAUCACAUCUUCACUGCCUUUGAGCUCAAAGCCAUUAUCUCCCUCGCUUGCAACGCCAUUUGUUUCAUCAAGUUCCCAGUCCAAUUCAUCGCCAUCGAUCUGUCCGUUGAACUUCAAUUACGUUCAUUCCGUCCAGCAGUCUCCGAAAUCAGUGGUGGAGCCGUAUCCAUCAUAGCGGAGGGCACUGAACUGCAGAACAAAGCAUUAGCGUCGAUGCUGGCCAAUUCUGCUGAUGAUGACGAGUUCUUCGACAAGUGGCUUGAAACCGAAAAGUUUGGACAUGGUGCUCCCGGCACCAUGACAAACCUCCAGUCGGCUGCUAACAAAUGGGACAAUUGGUAUCACAACGUUAGAGGAAAUCCACAGUGGGUGAUGGGUCCAGGCGCUCCAGUCCCAACCGGGCAAGAUAUCGAGAGGUUUAUAGUCUCCGUUGCUCGAAACUCAAAGUCAUCCAUCAAAGACAAGCUCGCCAUUAGCCUGGUCACUAUGGAAAACAGACUCAGUCGCGUUAUACAGUAUCUUCAGUAUACACACAAGGCAGAGUUCAAGAUCCUUCCACACGAGAAAACGGGCAUUAAGGCCUGUCUGGACAGACUGUGCAAAGAGGGACUGCUUACUCGGGGUGUCUGGGUAGAACGCCGACGGUUCAGCUUUUUGCUUCUUGAGACUCUUAUUUCCAACCUGUUUACCACGGCCAUCGUCAAAGGACCUCUCUUCAGCUGGGAUAACGUUCUCUUAUGGGCACUUGGCAUUGUUUUGCAAUCAGCCACUGCAGCAAGAGGAGGUGACAUCGUUCGAUCAAAUGGGUAUACAGGAAAUGAGUACCUUGCCUGGAAGGAUGUUGAGCUCAAGGUCAAGGCCAAUGGCAAGUCGGUACAGGAUAUCACUGCUGUGGUAACCCUUCGCUAUUGCAAGGGGAAGAAAUUGCUACCAAGUGAGAACCGCAAGGUUACCCUCAACCCGCUCAAGAAUGACAAGCACAAUAUAAUGUGUCCAAUCAAGUUGCUUCUCAUCAUGGCACUUCGCCUAGGGAUCACGGCGGCAAAGACGCCAGCUGAGCUGAUCUCGAGAGCAUUGGGCACACGUGAUCGAAGAAUCGUUUGGAAGCACCCGGAUUAUCCUGUGAUUUGUGGCAGCAAUAGGCACCAUGUUGUUGUGCCAUCAAUGUGCAUUGGCCCGGGUACCCUCUCGGCUCGCCUGAAAAGUGUAGCCGCGAAAUCUGGAUUGGUCGGUCUCGGUUUGGGUACAACGGCAAACCGCAGGGGAGCUGCUCGCGAAAUCGCUCAUGCCGCCACGACAUUUAAAGGCACAAGCGACGACGCUGCUGCUGCCGCACUUGGUCAUAGUGCCAGCACCAAGAACGCUGGUCUUACGAGGGAAGUGUACAUUGGAGACUCUUAUGAUGACUUCUACUCGCAUCGUUCAGAAAAUCCUCAGGAGGAUCCUCACGCACCACAAUUACCAACCAGGAAGCGAGCACGAAUUCUGGAAUCCGAUAAGCCAUGCUACCAGAAUUUCAUAUACGAGGACGACAUGGCUGAUUCUGUCUCGGGGGAAACCGAGCCUGCAGUACUCGAUUCUGAUGCAAUUGAUCCUUCCUUGGUCGCCCCGGAGAUACUCAAACUCAGCAAGGCAUUGGCUCCUGAUCCUAACGUCGAGAUUGAGGAGCUUGACCAGGAACUUGUCCACCGCCUCAAUCUCACCGAGAUACAGUAUGCAGAUGAAUCUAUCCUGCACUCUACUCCCGACGAAUUCCUAUCGCUCUUUAGUCGGAUCAAUGUCUUUACGGAAGCUCAGUCGCUCAAAUAUGAGCAAGAUCAGAUGAGACAGACCAGUUGUGACGACGGCACCAUGUUCCAGUGGUUCUGUGGCAAGUGCAAAGUAUACUCUCACUCUGAUGAGAGUAGAGUGCACUAUCACAUGGUGAAUUGCUCUGGGCCACCUGGUGAACCAGCGCUCUGUGAUGUAUGUGGAAAGCCAUACAGGAAUGAGGCGAGCCUUUCGGCACACAAGCGCGCUUAUCAUGCCUGGAAACCAAAGCGCUGUCCUGACUGUCCCGAAUCUGAUUGUCUAUCCGGACCCGGCCGCUUUGAAGAGACAUCGCAAGAAAUGUCACCCUCGCGACAUAACUCCAAUUCCCUGCCCACUAUGUCAGGACCCGAAGAUAUGACCGGAUGAACCUAACGGAUCAUCUGAAACAUAGACAUCGCAAAUGCAACCCGGAGAUCAAGGAGAUUCUGCGACAGCAUGUUCCUCCAGCAGAGUUCGACCGGCUUAUUUUCAGGUCUUAGUCUUCACCAAGACAGGAUGCCGGAUGUUCCCUGAAUCCUGCGAUCUUCUCCCAUCCAUCAUCUCCUAACACUUUUCGUUUCUGCUUGUCACCUGUGGAAUCUUGCCUCAUGCUUUACCUGUUGAUAUGAAUCCUUCCUAUAUAUGUAUGCGGUUUGUUUUCCAUUUCAGAUAUCCCAUUUGCUCUACAUGUUUCUUCAUUCUCGACGUUUGUUUUCAUCACGCUCUUCGCAUUUGACUGCAAGCAUUUCCUACCCUCUAUCUGACAGACAACCCCUCUGAAAACGCCCCAAAAAAAGGUCGGAUAAUAUUCAAAUAACAAAAAAAAGAUUUAUUCUUAAAUAUCUCCAUGUUGCCGCCGUAGAUUCUUGCU